UGAGAAAAUGGAAAAGGACUAACUUUGGCCACCACUACUAGCAAUACUGUUUGAUACGUGGGAUUUAUAUAGAGUCUGGAUGUCCUUUGUGUUGAGACAGAUAUGUGUGAAAGGCAUAUCAGAGGAUAGAAAACAAAUGUCCCUGAAUUGAAUGGAUUUUAUUUUAAGUAUGUGCAGAACUGUCUUGGAAAUUUAAAAUUAUGCCUGAUUUGGUGAGGGCUGAGAAAUUAUCAAUCAUUUGGAUUUACUGGAGACAAAUAAGAUUUGACUAAUUUUAAAAGCCUGACAUGUUCGAGCAGGACUUCUAUUGCAGACAGAGCUCUGAGGAGGGGCGGAUGGAGUCAGAGGUGGAGGCCGAUAGUGACCAUGAAGAAGUGGACAAUGACCUUGGACAUGGACACUGGAUGGGUCACCCAGAUGACUCAAGCAAGAGUCUGGAUUCUGAUGAUACAGGAACAGUUCGCAGAAAAAAGAAAACCGUCGUGACUCCCAAAAUGGCGAUGGAAAGUUUCCGUUCCUCAUUUCUCAACACUGAUGAGAAUCAAGAUGUAAAUCUGGAUGCUAUUUUGGGAGAACUCUGUGCCCUGGAAUCACAACUGAGCUGUGCUCAGUCCAAUCUCUACAGGCACUCACAAGAUCACCCCUCAGGACUUGCCAAAGACGAACAUCGAGACAGUGGCAAUGACCUUGCUCAGGCAGAACUCGAUGCUCUUGCCUCGGAGAUCACUCAGAGUUUGGCGUUCCGACACAGUCUGCCGUCCGACCAUAAUCAUGAUUUCAUGCAUGGGCAGUUCCUGACCAAACAUGGUUCCUGUAAUGAUAUCGCCAAUGAUAGUGGGGAGACUGACUCCGCCUUCUCUGAGAAUGCAUCACUCCCCUCUUCUGAGUCCUUUACUUCUAUGGUGACAGUGUCCUCUAUGGCGGAGACAUACACUCACCCCGACACAUGUAGUAUGGUCAGCAAUGCAAGCACCAUCACCCCUCUCUCUGUACAGGCAUGUGAGAUGCAUGCUCUUCUUACAUCACAUCUAAGUCUCUAUGAAGAAGAACUUACCAAAGAGAAUUACUCCAUAGAAGAACAAAAAGCCAAGUUGCAAGCGGAGAAAAUUCGGAUUGCGUUGGAGAAAAUAAAAGAAGCAAAGAUUCGUAAACUGUUUGUGCGAGCUUUCGGUAAAGAUGGCAGCAGUAAAAGUAUACUCGUGGACGAGAAGAUGUCCAUCUCAGAUGUUUGCAGCACACUCGCGGACAAAAAUCACAUGCGACUCAACUCCAAACUCGCAGUCGUUGAGCACAUGCCAGAAUUACUCAUGGAACGUAUAUUGGAGGACCAUGAUACACUAGUGGAAAACAUGGUCAUGUGGACGAGGGACACAAAUAACCGAAUACUGUUUGAGGAGAGGGAGGAGAAGAAUGAUUUAUUUAGGCAUCCAGAGAAAUAUUUGCUGAUGAGUUCCUCUUCUGAGAAAGGUGCUUCUCUUGAUCCUGGAAGGAGACAUAAACUGAUUAUGGAAUUCUUUGGUGGGGGAGGAAGACAAGUUCCUGAAGUUGAGGGGGUGAUGUACCUUAAGUCAGAGGGUAAAAAAGCCUGGAAGAAAUACUUCUUUGUUCUGAGGGCCUCGGGUCUGUACUACAAUCCAAAGGGCAAAAUUAGCAAGGCAUCCAAAGAUUUAGUUAGCAUGGUGAACUUUGAUUUUGUGGACGUUUACCGAGGACUUGGGUGGAAGAAGAAAUAUCAUGCUCCCACAGAUCACUGUUUUGCUCUCAAGCAUCCGCAGAUACAAAAGAAGACAUCUAAAUAUAUUAGGUACUUCUGUACUGAAAACAAGAAUGCUCUCGAUCAGUGGAUUAUGGGUAUCAGGAUCGCCAAGUAUGGCCAUCAACUAUUGGACAAUUAUGAAAAACUUCGACAUGAAAUACAGAUGUGGGAUUACCGGGAGAUGCGCAGUAGCGUGUCUGAAGUCUCAAGUGAAGCUCUUGAGUUAAAUCCGGAUGUGAAAGACAGUCGACUGUCUAUGCCAGAGCCAAAAUCCAGGAACUCUAUAGUGUACGUACAAAACUCUAGUUUUACAACCCAUGGUAAUGUGUUAGAACAUUCAGAGGAUCUCAUCGGGCCAGAAUCACAAAAAACGACACUCAGCAGUCAGAGUUCCCUAGAACUGCCACCGAGCGGUGGACUUCAGAAAACUCAUACCAAACGUGUGUCAUUCAGUAAUACUCCUAGUGUGAUUAACGCAGACUCAGACACCGAGAUGAGGGUCAGACAUCGAGAUUCCAUUACGAGUGCAUCCACAGAUUCCAGUGAGGACUCGACUUCCAGUGGCGAGAGCAGACACAGUGCUAAUUCAUCUGCUUCUCGUGGGAAAUUUCGGGCAAAAAUUCCUGUAACCACAGGUACCACACGUCAAAUUUCUGAAAUGGUGCAAGUUGCUUACGAAGGAAGUUCAAUUUCAUCAUGUGAGUCAGAUACUCGAGCUGGUGGUCAUGAGAGGAAGCCGUCUCUAGCAAAACAUAGUGAGAAGGAGAAGUCUAGAGCUUCUAGUCAUAGACACGAAAGGAAGAGUUCUGAUGGAAGUAUAGAGAGAGAAUAUCGCACUCUGAAGAAUGUGUCACCUCAGCAUACUUUGUCACAUCGAGCCCCGCCCUCACCCCCUCCCCUGAAAUGUCCACUGAAUUACCAAAGUAUACAAGAGGAUGAUGAAGUGUGGCAGAGGAAUGAGAAUUUUGUGCCCACUAGCACCUACCCCUACCACCCACCCCAACAAAUAGCAGGCCAAAUGUCAAUGCAUAAAAUGCCCAUGUCUCCUCAGCUUCCAAGGGUAUAUUCUGAUCCCUCUCAAGAGAGGUGUAUGUCUCCUCCCCCACAUGAGAGGUUCAAGUCUCCUCCCCCUCCCUCUCACAGGGUCAUGUCUCCCCCAUCACAUCACAGAGCGAUAUCCCCCACUUCAGCACCGAUAGAUCCCUGGGAAUAUCGCACUGACCUCCCUCCCCCUCCUGGGGCUAUGUUUUCUCAUGGUGAGUCUGGAGGCAGGCCACAGGGAUCACAUGGUUAUCAAGAACAAAGGCUCUCUAAGCACACUGUGGCAGCACCGAAAACUGUAUCACCUAAGGUGCCUCAGAACUUGAGUCAGUCUCCACCUCCACCCAUGCCGCCACCAGGGCCAAUGGCAAAACCACCCUCACCAGGGGCCUUACCAUUUCACCCACCUCCUCUCACAAGUCUCUCCAACCCUAUGUUCAAGCAGGCUAAUGUUUUGUCAGAGGAAUGUGAUAGCAAUGCUUCUUCUCCUUGUCCCUCAGAAUCUUCACCCACAACUCCUAGGAGUAUGUUGGCAAUGCCUCCUGCUAUGCCACUCUUACAAAAUCAGUAUGUAAGCUUACAGUCAGGUGCUAUGAACCUCGGUAAAGCUCCUUCAAAGUCGGGUCCAGAGGUCACAUCAGAUUCACCUUUGUCUCCUAUGUCUGCACCCCAACCUAUCCCUCCUGCUGGGUCUAUGGCCUCCCCACCACCUAUGAGCCAAUCAAAAGCACAGAAAACCUACCCACCACCUUUGUCUUGUGGGGCCACAAGGCCAUCAGCUAGCCCAGGGGUGAUGUCCCCUGUAAGCCCAAUCUCCCCUGCCCUGGUCCAGUCACCUCAGAUGAGAAACAGUGCACAUGGUUAUGAACAUUUUGAUCAGGUUAGAGUGAGGCCAGGAUCACAGGGUAGCCGUGGUUCUACUGGGAGCAAUAUGUCCAGAACUUCCUCAGGGGGAUCUGUCAACUGCUAUCCACCCCCACCCCCAAACCCUGGGGCUCAGCCAAUGUCCCCCAGAUUAGAUGACAGUGGUAAAUCAUUGCCGUUUUUGGAUGAAUUAUCAAAACGAUCUAGUACUGGGCCUAAAAAGGUUCCUCCGCAGACGUUGCCUAAACCAACAGAUUCAAAUUCAAACAUGCAAAAUAUCAAUGGUGCUACAAAUACACUGACUAAUGGGGUCACCCCACAUAAUCACAAGCCUGAGAUUGUCAGGCCAAAUAGUGCUCCCGUCAAAAAGGGGGUGCCGCCGCCCCCUCCCAAACGCAGCGAAACUACGAGACUCUCGUCAGAAGUAUCCAGAAUAAAGGACCAAGAUAACGUAGUGCCAAGUGUUCAUGAUUCACCAUUAUACGAGAACUUUCAGGAGUGCGAGGGAAUAAUGGACAUUAAUGACCUUCCUCCCCCUCCCCCAGAACUUUUAGCGGGUUUAGCUAGUGACGGUAAUGUCAAGAGAGGUAAACCCCCACCCCCUCCUCCAAAACGAAGUCGUGAAACUCAUCUCACACAACAGACAUGACGUGACAAUUCUGUGUUAAUUGUAUUUUGAAUGUUAUAUAAUAAUUGUACCAUCCCUUGCAUACAAUGUGAACUAGAGUAGAUACGUGUGAUGUUAAAGUUUGUAUUCUGAAGAUUAGAUCUUUGAUAAAAAGGUAAAAACAGGCCCACUUUUGAUUUUAUGAAGAAGAAAAAAUGGCUGUUUGAUUUCUUUUUAAUUGAGAGGGCUGUAUUUUUAUACAUUAUAAUUAUACCAGAUAUUGUUGGAUCACUUUGCUGGUAAACAUUUGAUAAGUUUUAAGAAUUCCUGUUGUGUUUAAUACUUAUGUUUUGACUUGGUUGAAAGGCCAGUAACUCUUUUUAGUGUGAGCUUUUAAGAGAAACAAAUCUUUUCAGGGAAAGUUUUAAAAAAAGUCAAAAUGUUAAAUGAUUCUAUACACAUGUACCAGUAUCUGAAAUUGAGACAAGAGUUAUUGCCCUUUAAAUCUGUGCAAAUGUACCACGCAGUUAAGUGCUUUUACUUUGUUUUGUAUAUGUUGUGGACAGUAUUGCUGUUUAUAUAUUACAAUAAUUAUAUACUUCAGUGUCUCAAUCAAAAUCAUUUUUGUGACAUCAGUGUGCUUUGAUCAUAUUUUUGUGAGUGUAUUUUGUGUAAAAUUAUACUGAAAUGCAAGGUGGAACAAAAUGUCUGCUUCGGUAUAAUUAAUGCAUAUGCAUGUAUGACGUAACUCAAAACAUGAUCAAUACUUCUUCAUAGAUAUAAUUGUCAAGUCUAGUCAUUGCCAUAUUUUUACAGUAAGCACAACUGUUUUGAGAGAAAUUGUUAAUAGUCUUAAUUUAUGAGAAAUUAGUGAUUAAAAUGCUCCUCUGCAAUUUAGACAUCAAUUCUAAAAAUAUCCCUGUUUGUUUAAGGAAGUAGACAUGAAGACAUAAUAUUUUGAUUCUUAGUUUUUCUGUUGUAUUUCCUCUCAGUUAUAGCUUUACAAAUGUACUUUUUUGUCGGCUCAAGCUGUUACCAUGACAACCCUCAGUGACCAGUAUUGUAAUUGCACCCCCUGCUAUAACACUUUCACAUUCAAGGCUUUACUUGUUAAGUACAUGUACAAAAGAGGAACCAAAGUACACAUGCUGUGCUUUUACAAAAGGCAACAUAUUAUGCAAUAUUUCUUUUAUAUCUUUGUAAUUUUUUGGAGUGGAAGUUGACUUGAAUAAAAAUGAUGUUAGGAAAACAUGUAGAAGUUUGGUGCAGAUGAUAUACAGUAUUAAAAAUCAUCACCAGUCAUCAGUCAUGAUACAAAGUCAUACAAAAUUCAAUUAUUAGCUUAUAAACCACCUGUUAAAUUUAUUCACAUGACCUUUAAGUUCAUGAAUUUCCAGUGUGUGUCUAAGGCUUGUAAUCAACAGGGCUGACACUUUAUUAUGGAGUUGGAGUGGUCAACAUAACAGAUCCACCUAAAAAUAGGAAAUAUUCCUAUAAACUAACUCUCUAAUAUUAUUAAGUCAAGAAAGAAAACAUGUUCAAGCAAUAAUAUAAUAUUAAAAUAUUAUAUUUACUGCAAUCUCCUAUAUUCUUUUUUCAAAGAGGUUUAAAGCCCAUGACCAUCGAGCCAGCUUAUUUAAUUCUGUUAGGACUUUUGGGCUUGCACGCUUUUGUGUGAGCAAUCCUAUACUGGAUCUUUAGCAUUAAGUCAAAAUUGUGGGCAAUGUCAUUUCUCUGUAAGCGUUGUUGAGAUACCUGAAUGGUUGCCUCUUGAAUCAUUAAAUUCUUUGAAGUCUAGUUUUGUAUGCUCACCUAAUGCAUCUGUAAGACCUGCAAUGUACAUCUCAAUAACUUUACUACAAUUUUCAAAAUGAGUCAAAAUGUUAAUAAGUAUGCUGUAUUUAUUUAUGAUUCUAACAUUAGUUAAGGGGUCAGUUUUUUUUACUGUUUUUGUCAGUGUAAAUUUUGAUAUAUCUCAAAAUCAUUUUAAUGGCUUAGUGAUUCAUUCAGUUGUAAGUUACCAGGAAAUAGGCACCAGAUUAUGUAAUUCUAUGUCAGUAAAGGUCAGGUUGGGGUAGGAAGCAUUAUAUUUAAAGUAGACAAAUAAAGAAUUUAUCUUUAUGCAGAUUUAAAUAAAAAUGCAGUAGAACCAAGGAUAACUGGUUUACAUGUAAUACCAUAGCUGUUUGACUGAGAAGUACUGUUCUAAUACACUGUACACAUAUUUGAAAGACCUAUAACUUUUCUGUAUAAAGUUCCAUGGUUUGAUUGAAUUAGGAGUUGGCAUAAUACAUAAAUCUGUCUCCAACAACCAUUUUUAAUGAUUUGUUUAAACUUCCAAGUUGGGAACUUGGAUUUUUUAUGUCAUUUUUAAGGGAAAAAUCAACAUAAUUUCUGGUGUUACAAAGUGACAGAAAGAUUUGUACAGGGUUUGUGCAAUAAUAAAACAUUGUGCAUAAAAGUCA